AGCACACCCACAGAAAACGACACACAUAUCUCUACAUUUAUAGCUGACAAAAUUUCUCUCUUGUCAAAAGAAAUUCUCUCUCUUCAAUAACACGCCCAAAGCCAAAAUACAAAGCUCGAUUAAAUCUGAAAUCCAAAAGCCCUAAAAAUCAGCCAUCACACCGCAUAAUCACAGUUGAAGCAUGGAAGCCGACGUUUCGAUUUUCUCAUAGUUGAGAAAAAUACUUUUUUCAGAAAUUUGGAUGAUAAAAAACAAAUCUUUGGGUUUCAGUUUCAGGGGCUUUUGUAAUAUAUUUGAAAAAGUUGAGAUUUUUAUGGUUUUAUAGGGAUGUUCAGCUUUCGUGUGUUUUUCUGCUGUCUUUUUACUUUGAUGGGUGCGUUUACAGCUUAUGGAAACGUGGUUUUGAUAGGGAAAAACGUUACUUUGUCGUUCGAGGAUAUUGAAGCUAAUUUUGCUCCUUCGGUUAAAGGCUCCGGCUUUUGCGGUACGUUAUUAGUUGCUGAGCCUUUGGACGCAUGCUCAAAGUUAACUAACAAAGUUGUUUUAGAACUAAAUCAAACAAAUACAAAUCCACUGUUUGUGUUAAUAACAAGGGGAGGAUGUAGCUUUGAUGAUAAAGUCAGGCGAGCACAAGUUGCAGGUUUCAAGGCAGCCAUUGUUUAUAACAAUGAAAACGGUGACUUGGUUGCAAUGGCUGGAAAUUCAGCUGGCAUAAAGAUACACGCGGUCUUCGUCUCCAAAGAAGCCGGUGAAACACUUGCAAACUACGCGGGCAAUGCUGACGUGGAGCUAUGGGUGGUCCCCACCUUCGAAAACUCCGCUUGGUCCAUCAUGGCCAUCUCUUUCAUCUCUUUACUUGCCAUGUCAGCUGUGUUGGCCACGUGUUUCUUUGUCCGGAGGCAUCGGAUUAGACGAGAAAGACCUCAGGCGCCACGCGUGCGUGAGUUUCACGGCAUGAGCAGCCGUUUGGUGAAAGCCAUGCCGAGCCUUAUAUUUACGGCCGUUUUGGAGGACAACUGUACUUCUGCUACAUGCGCCAUCUGUCUCGAGGAUUACAACAUGGGGGAAAGGCUUAGAGUUCUUCCUUGUCGCCACAAAUUUCACGCUAUAUGUGUCGAUGCCUGGCUAACAACAUGGCGAACAUUUUGCCCCGUUUGCAAACGCGACGCUCGAACGAGCACCGGCGAACCACCCCCAUCCGAAUCAACUCCUUUGCUAUCCUCCUCCAAUCCACCUUCCCAAUCCUCCUCAUUCAUAUCCUCCUCCGUUCGAUCAUCCGCAAUCCAAAUCGGGCCGCCCUCAAUCUCCUCCACCCCUUUCAACCAUGGCUCUAGCCGGAGCUCGGUUGACCUCCGGAACAUGUCAUCAUCUCAAAGGUCAAAUGUUGGUCCGUAUUUGGUCUCCCCACACUCAUUGGGCUACCCUUCUUUAUCGCCAAUGAAUUCGAGAUACAUGUCGCCGUACAUUCCAAGCCCGUUAAACGGCCCGUCGAGCUAUGUUGGGUCUUCGAGCCGAAGGCCCGGCCCGUUGCAUUAUAGUGAGUCAGCCAAUAGCUUUUCACCGUUUGCAUCCACACACUCGCUUCCUGAUUGUUGAAAGGGCUUCGGUUUUGGGCCGGGUUUGGAAAAUCGAGGACUGGUUCCGGUUUGCAUGAUAAUCUGUAAAUUAUAUAAAAAGCUUAACUGUUUGUUGAUAAGAAGAGUAUAUUUUGUGUGGCACAUAAAUUUUGUGAUUUUGUGGGUUGAGGAGGAUCUGAGCUUGAGAGUUUUUGAGUGAAUCCUGUUGUAUUAGGCUUUCAAAGUUUGAUGGUUUUGCAUUUCGUUUUUAGAUUGCCUUACAUUAAUGUAUACAAGUACUGUGUUGACUUCAAAAAUCACCGUUAGAUCUCAAAAACACACAGAAUAUAAUCUACAGUAUAAUAAUAAAGAUAAUAAUAA